AUGGGUUGUACAAAUUCAAAAGAAAAUUCAAAUUUAUCUACAAUAACAACAAUAUCUAAUAAUAAUCAACAAUUAAUUAAUGAUCAUUUUCGUACAUGGUUAAAGUCUAAUCGACCAAAAAUUGAUGAAUAUGUUCUUAAUAAUAUUAUUUCAACAGUACAACAAUAUUCAAAUGAUAUUAAUGAUUAUCGUACAAUAGUUAAUAAAACAAUAGAUCUAAUUUCUGAACGUCAUGAUAUAAAAACAAUAAAUAAAUUAAAUAAAAUUGUACAAAAAGAAAUUUCAUUAGUAUCACCAAAAAAAAUUACAUAUACAAUUGAUAUUCUAAAACAAAUAGCAGAAAAAUUACAGCAUGGACAGAUUAUACUUGAUAAUAAUCAACAACAAACGAUAAUAACUAAUGGCGAAAUAACUAAUGAUACUAAUAUAUCCGAAAAUAAACAUGGUCAAAUAUCAUCAUCCGGUGAACCCGGUAUUAAUUUAAAAGAAGCUUUAGAAAAAGCACGAAUUUUAUUUUAUAAGGGUAAACAAGCUGCAAUAUUUGCUAAUCCAAAUGGUGGUUAUAUUGUAAAAAUUAUUGAUGAUAAUGCUGAUGUUCUUAAUCAAGAUGGAAAUCUUCUUCGUUCAAUUAUUGUAACAGAAGUAAAAAUGCGUCCAAAAUUAAUAACAACAAAUCCUUCACAACAAUCAUCAUCAUCAUCACCACCACCACCACCAACAUCAUCAUCAUCAUCAUCAAAAUUACUUAAUGAAUAUGAAAUUAGUGAUGAUUUUCGUCGUUCAAUUGAUGCUGCUCUCAAAGGACUUGAAACUAUUUAUCAAACAUCAUCACCUAUAUCAUCUCAACAUACAAAAAAUAUUCAUAUUAAUAAAAUAUUAUCAUCAAAUGUAACAUCACAAAAUCCUACAACUAAUUUAACUGAAAUUAAUUAUCGAAAUAAAAAUAAAGUAAUUAAAAAUAUUCAUAAUGAUGAUAAUAAUGAAAAACAACAAUCUAUUAGUGAAACUGAUAUACAACCAAAACUUGUUAAUGCUAUCGAUGAUAUGAACGACAUAAUGUUAAAUAUUAUCGAAACAGCAACUGAAAGUGAAAUUGGUAAUCCAAUAUCAUCAACACAUAUUGAUACGCAAGAAAACAUAACUAAUAUUGAACGUAUUGUUAAAGAAAUUCAAGAACAUGGUGAAAUACAUGAAUUAAAAGAAAAUUUUCCAAUAAAACAACAUUCAUCUUAUUCAUUUGAAAAUGAAGAAUUAUCAAUUCCACAACAAAUAAAAAUAAAUGAUGAUAAUUAUUCAAAAUCUUUUAUUGUUAAUGAAGAAAAAUUUGAUAAAGAUGAAUAUAGUUUUAAUAAAGAAAAAAUAUUUAAUGAAUUAAUACAAACAAAUUUAUCAACAUCAAAUAAAAUUGAAAAUGAUAUAUCAUCAAAAAUAUCAACAUUACCUAGUUCAAUAAUUGAAAAUCAUAAUAAAAUUCUUUCAGAAUCAUUAUUACCAUCUACUGAUAUGAAUACAUCAAUUAAAUUACCAAGUCAUAAUAUAACUUAUACAGAAAUAAUACAUUCAGAAACACGUGAUGGUGAACAAUCACGUCGUUUUAUAACAGAAUCAUAUGAUGAUUGCCCAUCAACAAAUAAUGAUGAAACAACAACACUUAAAGUUGUUACAAAAUCAGAAUUUUUAAAUCAUCCAACAUUAGGUGAAAAAAUUAUGGAACAAAGUGUUCAAGUUAUAACUGUUAAAGUACGAAAUGAAACAAUAACAACAAGAAAUUCAUCACAAACAUCAUCGAAUAAUGAUAUUAAUUAUGAUAAACAAUCGAUUAAAAAUGAUAUUAAUACAAUUGAUAUGACAAUUUAA